AUGAACAACAACUGUCAGGAUAAUGAUGCCUACGUAUGCCCGAGCUUCAGCAGCUAUUCAUCCGACCGAUUGGCGGAAACCGCCGAGAGGUCCGCCGGCGACGACGAUUUUGAAUUCUCUCUGGUGCGCGAAGACGGAGAGAAUCUGAUCGACGGCCAGAUCCGGCAGGUUUUCCCCGUAUUCAACCGCGAUCUGCUAGAUUCGUCUGAGUCAAGCGUCGCGGUCCCGCUGAGCAGGCUUUUCAUCGAGGAGGAUCGCGAGCGCGACUGUCCCCCGUCAUGCUCCUCCUCGGAGGCGGACGAGCUGGAGAAUGUACCGUCGGGGACUUACUGCGUGUGGCGGCCGAGGAUGCCGAGCCAGUGCAGAAAGAGCAAGUCUACCGGAUCUGCGUCUAGGCGGUGGAAUCUCCGGGAUCUGCUCCGGCGGAGCAAGAGUGACGGGAUGGACAGUUUCGUCUUCCUGACUCGAAAUCGCAACAAGGAGGGAAAAGCGGUCAAAUCGACCGAGCACCGGCCGCCGGCGUCGGCGCACGAGACGUUUUACGUCCGGAAUAAGGCGGCGAAGGAAGUGAAUAAGAAGAAAUCGUAUCUGCCGUACAGGCCGGAGCUGGUUGGAUUUUUCGCUAAUGUCAACGGUUCCUCUGCGCGAUGUUGA